CAGGUAUAUGAUGGACCUUAAACAGUAUUUCAAAAGAAUUGGGUUUUCUGGAUCCUUCGAGAAACCAGACCUUGCAACUCUGAAGUUAAUCCAUAAACUGCACGUAAUGUCCAUUCCUUUUGAAAACCUCAGCAUUCACUGUGGAGAAAAGAUCACUAUGGACCUUGAGCUAGUCUUUGACAAGAUAAUAAAUCGCAGGCGAGGGGGUUGGUGCCUUGAAAACAACUUCCUUUUUGGUUGGGUAUUGCAAAAAAUGGGCUAUAACAGCACAAGUCUUGGCUCUAAAGUUUUUAACACUGCUCUGAAUGACUUUGGUCCUCUUGACUCUCAUCUGAUAAACAAGGUUGUGAUAGAAGGGAAAGCUUACAUUGCAGACGUAAGCUUUGGGGUUUCUAGCCAACUGUGGGAGCCCUUGGAACUUGUCUCAGGGAAAGCACAAAAUCAGGCAGCGGGUGUUUUCUGUCUUUUCGACAAAGAAGACAAGUGGGUCUUGGAAAAAACUGGUAGAAAACCUGAAGUACUCAAUCCAGCAUUUGCCAAAUCACGCUUGGUGAACACAAAGCUAACAAAAACAAUAUACAGCUUUUCCUUGGAGCCGCGAGGCCAGGAUCAUUUCACUGAGACGUGCUAUAAACUUCAGACAGAUCCUGCAACACUGUUUACCAACAAAUCCAUCUGUUCAUUGCAAACACCAACUGGAUUCAAAGCUCUUAUUGGCUGGACAUUCAGCCAAAUCACAUACAGCCCUGAUAGAGGUGUUGAUUUUUAUGACAUGAAGAACAUCAGUGAUGAAGAGGUGGAGAAAAUACUGUAUGAAGAAUUCAAUAUCAAGCUGGCCAAUAAAUUGCAGCCAGUUGACAAGACAUUAAUGUACACACUCUGAAAAAAGUGGGCCUCGAAUUGGAUGUCAAGAAUAUGUUAUCAUCACAAUAAACAAAUAACAGACUUGAAUUGCAAUGGAAACGAUGGGGCUAAAAUAGUAAUGCUUUUCUGGCUUACAUGCAGACAAUGUAAAAAAAAAAAUGCAUGUGCAAAUGUGUACUUGAGGGAUUGGUGGUCUGAGCAGACGAUAGCAGCCUCGCUUCCAUCAGUCCAUAAUUACAUUAAGGUUAUAUUCUAUAUCUAUAUUUGUAAAAUGCAGUGUUGCUAAUCAGCAUUUUUGACUAAAUCAAAUGAUGAAUGUUCCCUCACUUUGUCACCAUACUAAAAA